ACGGGAGAGUGUCACGUCACUGUCAGUGAGGGGGAGCUUCGAGGAUGCUCCACUGAGCUGAGAGGGAAUACAUUUGUUGGGAGUUUGCAUUGAGAGCUCAGCCAUUAUCAGCUAUACCACUGAGAACAGGGGCUCCUCGGCAGAAUAAUUAUCCACACCCAGUGCUUGCUGACUCUUCUUCUCUUUCCUCUGCAGCCAUGAAUUAUUUGCGCCGGCGUCUCUCAGACAGCACAUUCAUCUCCAACCUGCCCAAUGGUUACAUGACAGAUCUUCAGAGGCCCGAUCCUGCUCAGCCUCCUCCACCUGCCUCCAGCACCCCUGCCAAGUCUCCUACAGCUGGACCAACACCUCCAGCCACUUCCCCUGCUCCAGAGAGGAAACCCCAGCCAGCUCAGUCGACAGGCGCAGGAUUCUUCAGUUCCAUUACCAACGUUGUUAAACAGACAGCUGCCUCAGCAGGGCUAGUGGAGCAGACCCAAGUCACGACACCUAAGAAGUUUAAAAUUCUCCUGGUCAUUGACGAACCACAGCAGGAGUGGGCCAAAUUAUUCCGGGGAAAGAAAAUACUUGGGGAUUAUGACAUCAAAGUGGAACAGGCUGAAUUCAAUGAGAUCAAUGUCGUAGCUCAUGCGAAUGGAACCUGCAAUGUUAACAUGCAGGUUCUCAGAAAUGGUACCAAGGUUGUCAGGUCAUUCAAACCAGACUUUGUGCUCAUUCGUCAACAUGCCUUCAGUAUGACCCAGAAUGAAGAUUUUCGAAACUUGAUCAUUGGCCUGCAGUAUGGUGGUGUGCCAAGCAUUAAUUCCCUGGAGUCCAUCUACAACCUGUGUGACAAGCCGUGGGCGUUUGCCCAGCUUAUCAACACCUACAGAAAAUUAGGUCCUGAGAAGUUCCCUCUGAUUGAGCAGACUUUUUACCCUAACUACAAGGAGAUGGUAAGCAUGCCAUCAUUUCCUGUUGUUGUGAAGAUCGGACAUGCCCACUCUGGUAUUGGAAAGGUGAAGGUGGACAACCACAGUAAGUUCCAGGACAUAGCCAGUGUUGUGGCUCUUACCCAGACAUAUACUACCACAGAGCCUCUCAUUGACUCCAAGUAUGAUAUCAGAAUCCAGAAGAUUGGCAAUGACUACAAAGCCUACAUGAGAACUUCUAUAUCUGGAAACUGGAAGACCAACACAGGCUCAGCUAUGCUUGAACAAGUGGCCAUGACUGAUAGGUACAAGAUGUGGGUUGACACCUGCUCAGAGAUUUUCGGGGGUUUGGAUAUUUGCGCAGUUAAAGCUAUCCAUGGGAAAGAUGGCAGGGAUUAUAUCACUGAGGUGGUGGGUUCUGCCAUGCCCCUGGUAGGGGAACACCAGGCUGAGGAUCGGCAGCUCAUUGCUGACAUGGUGCUAGCAAAAAUGAACGAGUCAGCAGAGAAAGAAACUAAUGCUCCCAAGAGACCCACCACCAUACAGCCAUCCCAGGGGGCUGGCCAGAAGGGAGAGGUUACUGGUGAACCCACCAAGAAUGGUGCUGGGCGCCCUCCUCAAGGUUGUCUGCAGUACAUUCUUGACUGUAAUGGCGUUGCAGUGGGUCCAAAACCAGUCCAGGCCAACUGAGUAACCCAGGAGAAUGAAGGUAUCUGUGAGUCUUGAUAACAGCGAUGUACCUUAGCUGAACACACACUCACAGACGUGUGUGUGUGUGGAUGCUCAUAGCUAGAGUCAAAUCUUGGUGGCGUGAGCUCAGUACAGAUGAGUGCUGGCCUGGACUGUGUUUUUAACUCUAUGCAGUGUCAAAACGUACUGUCUACUUGUUGACCUGUUGAUUUGUGUGCUUUUAUAGGACACCUGUGUUUCAGUAGCUGUGGUUUUCUUUGGGGCUUUCGUUGAUGAUAUAAAAAGCAGAUUGUGCCUACACUGAGUUCAGUGCUACUCUGUGGUACCCGUUUAACCCAGCUAUGGAUCUUUCAUUUGCCCCUCCCGCCCCCUUUUCUUUUGUUUUGGUGUGUACCUUUAAAUAUUGUUCAAACUGUGGAUGACUGUACAGUUUGAAACUUGUGUAUAUCUCAAUAUGUAUACAGUAAGUGGGUGUGUAUGGUUGUAGUAGUGAUUAUUUUCAUACUAAUACUAAUAAAUUUUUUUUUUGUUUGUUUUGCAUGAUUGAUAACAAAGUUAGGUGCAAGUCAGUUAUAAAUGUUUGCUCAAGUGGGAUGUUCAUGUAACAUCGCUGUAUUUAUCUAAGCUGUGUUCCCUGUGAUUCAUGCAUUGUGAAUGUGUCAUAAGAAAUGCAUAUUAUAAGUUGUACAGGAUACAGGUACACAUACAGCAGAGACAUACAGUAUAUUGCCUUUCCAAAUCUUUUUUUUUCCACUUUUCCAUUACUAGUUUCACUAGAAAAGAGAUUAUAUAGAGUUUUAAUAGAUAUUUAAUCAAUAAUAGAAUUAGUCAAAGAUUUAUUGAUAAUUUUAUUAUGCAGAGGGUGUGCAGGUGUCUACACACACAACUUCAAUAUAUUUUGAACCAAAGAAUAUAUCGGUUACUUUCAACCAUUCUUUGCACUCCAGUAACCCACAAUGUAAGUACCAGUGAUGAGACCAGUAAUUCUGCUGCUGUCAAAUGGAGUGUACAAUUUAAUCAGCGAGGAGUGCUCCAAGAUAAUACUUAUGUUUUCAGAUUGUCCGCUGUAAAUCACACAGCAGCGAAGUGAUGCUGCAUUCAAACGGUUGUUGUCUUUUUGCAGCCAGUUGUGUGGAGGCAGACAUUAUUUCUGAUAAUAAAAAGCUGUGUAAUGUAUGAUCGGCCCCCUCCGUUCCUCUCUCACUCUGGAGAUCGGCUAUCAUUGGAGGUGUUGCUAUGACAACAAUGCAAGUGCUCUGAGAUUUAGUCUGGAUUCCCGGUAGUGGUACUCUGUCCCCGUCACUGCCAUUCAAAGAUUCCUGUAAGUUGCUGGAAUUAGCAAUAACAUUUUUUAUUUAUUUAUUUAUUUUGCCUCUUUUAGUUCAAUAAUGUAUUUUUUUUUUUUUUUUUUUAUCGGACCAACCAUCAAAUUGAUUUGAAAAAGCUGUCGUCACCCAUGCUUUGAAUUGUUUAGUUUUUUGUUUGUUUUUUUUUACACAAAUGUCACAAUUGCUUGUUGUCCAGUGGCUUUCGUGGAAGCCAUUUCUAACACACUAAAUGGUGUAACAGCUAAAAAGCAACCAAAUCAACUGUAAAAAGAAAUCUGUUCCAUUUUCCAACAAUUUGUUUGUUACAACAGUAUAAAACAUGUUCAGCAAGUUCUGUGUGCAAUCUUUUUCUAAGUUGUAUAAAGUGCCAUUGUAACUGUGAGCGUGUCCUUGUAAAAGCCAUGCCUGCGGCUUUAUGGAUGUAUUGUUCUGUUUAAUAGGAAGUAUGCCAUGACAAUGAUUUUCAAAGGAAGAACGAGCAGAGGAACCCCAUCAGUAAUAGGUGCAUGGUCAGUGAUUGUGAUUAAAUAUUAACUAAAUUAUACCUGGCCGUGUUUAUUUGGUCACUGUGUCGAGGUGGAACUUCUGUCUUCAGGUCUAGUGGACUGUACCUGUUAAAGGCCAGGGUACGUUUGAGACCAGGGUUGAGCUCUUUAUAUCAAGAUCAGAGUACAAUACAUUGUGGAGGAAAAAAAUCCUCUCUGGCUAUUCCACCUCUGUCACUGGCAAUAAAGCUUCCUUUGCAAUAUAUGCUUGGUCUGUGUCCUCAUAUCUGUUGUGGUGAGAUUUUAAUAAUUUUGUUCAGUAAGGAAACACUGGGUAAUGUAACAAAUGUAUCUAAAUUAAAUAGUCUAGUAGACAAAAGUUCAGCUGCUAAGCACGCACACUGCGAUGCUUCCAGUGCAUGAAAUUAUGUGUAUUGUGAAAGCGAUUGUGAUAAUAUCUCCUCUGCUUUGUGCCUUCAUAUUGUGCUGUUUGUCUUAUAUGUUGAGAAUGUGGGCUACUUAAUUUGUAUCAGAUAAGUUCAUGAAUAAAACAGUAAUCUUGGAGAA